AUGGCAGAUGACAGAGCAGCCGUCGCGUCUCCGGACAGACAGCCGGAAAUGGCCACUUCCGGGCUGACCAUGGGGCCCAAGGGAACGAUGAUCAUCACCGCACCUGAGCCAAGUCACGCGGACAUGUUCUACGCCACGACGAAUGGGCAGUACUGCGGAAAUUGGCACAAUGGACUUCCAGGACACCAGUUGGGCGAUGUGCCAGCCAUCAGCGAUAUUCUUGGUGCUCGGCCAACAAUCAAGAAGCCGGUGCGGCCGAUCCAGACCACGGCAAAGUGCGUGCUGGCGAAUCAGAUUGCCGAAGAGAGGAGGUCCAUGGAAGCAGACAAGGUUCUUUCGGCAGAUGUCGUGCCAAAGAAAUUCCCGGUGCAGGCACAGAACUACUGCUAUCCGCCGAGUGGAAAGCGAGGUGCCAAUAAUCCGCUCUAUGCUACGAGUGCACAGGCAUACGGCAGCGAGAUGCCUAUGGAUCACCAGGUCCCCGACCGCUACUUUCCCAGCACCAAUCAGUUCACUAAGGGUUUCGUGGACACAAAGCCUAGAUACACGGGGCUGAGCACAGCCCCAACGCCUUCGAAAGUGCACAAGGAGCUGGACAUGUUCUACUGA